AUGACUUCAGGAAAGAAGAAAGCUGUGGUGAUCCGACACCUGUACAAUGAAAAUGGUGCUAAUAUUCCUGAAGACACAGAAACAGAUGUUAACGAAGCAUUUGAUGUUUGUGACUUAAAGGCUGUUGAAAUAACAAUUCCUGAAUUACAGGUUUCUGACAUUAACUGUGAGCAACAAAAUAUAAAAGUCAACCCUGAGGUUACUGCAUUACAGUCUAUGCUUGCUGAAUGCCAAGAAAAGCUUAAGAAACUGACUUGCAUAGAAAGUAGAUUAGAAUCUUUGGAAGAAAAAAUGAAAGGGAAGGUGAUGGUGAGUGAAAAAACCUGGGCCAAUCUUCUGAGUCGUGUCACUCUUCUCGAAACAGAAAUGCUUUUAUCUAAAAAGAAUGAUGAAUGUAUAGAGUUUAAUGAGAUGAGUGAAGACUAUGCUUCCAGUAGUAACAUGGACAGUCUCAAUCCAGAUAGAAAAAGCAAAGAGGAAAGGCAUGCAAAUAUUCCUUUGUCCUCUGGUUAUAGUACGGUGUCAUCAGAUUCAACUCCCAGAAACUCAACUGUUAAUUACUGUGGUUUGAAAGAGUUCUCAGAGGAAACAAUGCAGAAAAUGGAAAGGAUGAAAAAAAUGUUUGAAGAAACUGCAGAGUUACUGAAAUGUCCAAAUCACUAA